GCCAUUCCCACAAUGCUCUGGGCGUGCCGCCGCCGUAGCUGCCGCCUCCGCUGCCGCUAGUGGAAGAAGAUGGCGGAAGGCGGAGCGGCGGAUCUGGACACCCAGCGUUCUGACAUCGCGACGCUGCUGAAAACCUCGCUCCGGAAAGGGGACACCUGGUACCUAGUCGAUAGUCGCUGGUUCAAACAGUGGAAAAAAUAUGUUGGCUUUGACAGUUGGGACAAAUACCAGAUGGGAGAUCAAAAUGUAUAUCCUGGACCCAUUGAUAACUCUGGACUUCUCAAAGAUGGUGAUGCCCAGUCACUUAAGGAACAUCUUAUUGAUGAAUUGGAUUACAUACUGUUGCCAACUGAGGGCUGGAAUAAACUUGUCAGCUGGUACACAUUGAUGGAAGGUCAGGAGCCAAUAGCACGAAAGGUGGUUGAACAGGGUAUGUUUGUGAAGCACUGCAAAGUGGAAGUGUACCUCACAGAACUGAAGCUCUGUGAAAAUGGAAACAUGAACAAUGUUGUAACUCGAAGAUUUAGCAAAGCUGACACAAUAGAUACAAUUGAAAAGGAAAUAAGAAAAAUCUUCAAUAUUCCAGAUGAAAAGGAGACCAGAUUGUGGAACAAAUACAUGAGUAAUACAUUUGAACCACUGAAUAAACCAGACAGCACCAUUCAGGAUGCUGGCUUAUACCAAGGACAGGUAUUAGUGAUAGAACAGAAAAAUGAAGAUGGAACCUGGCCAAGGGGUCCUUCUGCUCCUAAGUCCCCAGGUGCAUCCAAUUUUUCAACUUUACCAAAGAUCUCUCCUUCAUCUCUAUCAAAUAAUUAUAACAACAUCAACAACAGAAAUGUGAAAAACUCAAAUUAUUGUCUCCCAUCAUAUACUGCUUAUAAGAACUAUGAUUAUUCAGAACCUGGAAGAAACAAUGAACAGCCGGGCCUUUGUGGCCUAAGUAACUUGGGAAAUACGUGUUUCAUGAACUCAGCUAUUCAGUGUUUGAGCAACACACCUCCACUUACUGAGUAUUUCCUCAAUGAUAAGUAUCAAGAAGAACUGAAUUUUGACAAUCCCUUAGGAAUGAGAGGCGAAAUAGCUAAAUCAUAUGCUGAACUGAUCAAGCAAAUGUGGUCUGGAAAGUUUAGCUACGUCACCCCAAGAGCAUUUAAGACACAGGUAGGACGUUUUGCACCCCAGUUCUCUGGAUAUCAACAGCAAGACUGUCAAGAACUAUUAGCUUUCCUAUUAGAUGGACUACAUGAAGAUUUGAAUAGAAUUAGGAAAAAACCAUAUAUACAAUUGAAAGAUGCUGAUGGAAGGCCUGAUAAAGUGGUUGCUGAAGAAGCCUGGGAAAACCAUUUAAAAAGAAACGAUUCUAUCAUAGUAGAUAUAUUUCAUGGCCUUUUCAAAUCAACUUUGGUUUGUCCUGAAUGUGCUAAGAUUUCAGUAACAUUUGAUCCUUUUUGUUACUUGACACUUCCAUUGCCCAUGAAAAAAGAACGUACCUUGGAAGUUUAUUUAGUUAGAAUGGAUCCACUUACCAAACCUAUGCAGUACAAAGUGGUUGUCCCCAAAAUUGGAAAUAUACUAGAUCUUUGCACAGCAUUGUCUACUUUGUCAGGAGUACCGGCAGAUAAGAUGAUAGUUACUGAUAUAUACAAUCAUAGAUUUCACAGAAUAUUCCCUAUGGAUGAAAACCUUAGUAGUAUUAUGGAACGGGAUGAUAUUUAUGUGUUUGAAAUUAACAUCAAUAGGACAGAAGAUACAGAACAUGUGAUUAUUCCUGUUUGCCUAAGAGAAAAAUUCAGACACUCAAGUUAUACCCACCAUACUGGUUCUUCACUUUUUGGUCAACCUUUUCUUAUGGCUGUCCCACGAAACAAUACUGAAGAUAAACUCUAUAAUCUUCUCCUUUUGAGAAUGUGCCGAUAUGUCAAAAUAUCUACUGAAACUGAAGAAACUGAAGGAUCCCUGCAUUGCUGUAAAGACCAAAAUAUUAAUGGGAAUGGCCCAAAUGGCAUACAUGAAGAAGGUUCACCAAGUGAAAUGGAAACAGAUGAACCAGAUGAUGAAUCCAGCCAGGAUCAAGAACUUCCCUCAGAGAAUGAAAAUAGUCAGUCAGAAGAUUCAGUUGGAGGAGAUAAUGAUUCUGAAAAUGGAUUAUGUACUGAGGAAACUUGCAAAGGUCAACUCACGGGACACAAAAAACGAUUGUUUACAUUCCAGUUCAACAACUUAGGCAAUACCGAUAUCAACUACAUCAAAGACGAUACAAGGCAUAUAAGAUUUGAUGAUAGGCAGCUUAGGCUAGAUGAAAGAUCUUUUCUUGCUUUGGAUUGGGAUCCUGAAUUGAAAAAAAGAUAUUUUGAUGAAAAUGCUGCCGAGGAUUUUGAAAAACAUGAAAGCGUGGAAUAUAAACCUCCUAAAAAACCCUUUGUGAAAUUAAAAGACUGUAUUGAACUUUUCACAACAAAAGAAAAGCUAGGUGCUGAAGAUCCCUGGUAUUGUCCAAAUUGUAAAGAACAUCAGCAAGCCACAAAGAAAUUGGAUUUAUGGUCCCUUCCUCCAGUACUUGUGGUACAUCUCAAGCGAUUUUCAUACAGUCGUUACAUGAGAGAUAAAUUGGAUACUUUAGUUGAUUUUCCUAUCAAUGACUUGGAUAUGUCGGAAUUCUUAAUUAAUCCAAAUGCAGGUCCUUGCCGCUAUAAUUUGAUUGCUGUUUCCAACCAUUAUGGAGGGAUGGGAGGUGGACACU